CUGAUAACUUCACUUCACUCACGUUGGUUUUCUUUCCUUUUUGACGUUUCAUGUUAAAAGUACGUGCGAACGUAGACAAGUGUCGUCAACGUUCGCUUUCUUUUAUCAGCUAUGUCUCGACAUAAACACCAAGAGGAAACGGAUAAGCUCACUCGUAUUGCUAUUGUGAACGCCGAUCGUUGCAAGCCCAAAAGAUGCAGACAGGAAUGCAAGAAGAGUUGCCCUGUGGUGCGAAUGGGAAAGCUUUGUAUAGAAGUCACCCCCAAUGAUAAGAUUGCCACAAUCUCUGAGGAGCUAUGUAUUGGUUGUGGUAUUUGUGUCAAAAAAUGCCCCUUUGAUGCAAUUACCAUUAUCAAUAUACCAUCAAACUUGGAGAAACAUACUACUCACAGGUACUCUAAGAACUCAUUCAAGUUGCAUCGAUUACCCAUUCCAAGGCCUGGUGAAGUGCUUGGGUUGGUUGGGCAGAACGGUAUUGGCAAAUCCACUGCCUUGAAGAUUCUUGCUGGAAAGCAAAAGCCCAAUUUGGGUCGUUAUGCUGAUCCCCCAGACUGGCAAGAGAUUCUAUCACAUUUCCGCGGGUCGGAAUUGCAAAACUAUUUCACUAAGAUCUUGGAAGAUAAUAUUAAAGCUCUGAUCAAACCCCAAUAUGUGGAUCAGAUACCUAAGGCUGUGAAAGGAACUGUGGGACAGUUGCUUAACAAGAAAGAUGAAAGGAAUAAUCAGCCUGAAAUAUGUGAAAUGCUUGAUUUAUCGCACAUCAGAGACCGUGAAAUUGCAGCAUUAUCUGGUGGAGAACUGCAACGGUUUGCUUGUGCUAUGGUGUGCAUUCAAGAUGGUGACAUAUUCAUGUUCGAUGAGCCAUCAUCAUAUCUUGAUGUGAAACAGCGUCUGAACGCUGCUAGAACUAUCCGUUCUUUGAUUCAUCCUGACAAAUUCAUCAUUGUCGUAGAACACGACUUGUCAGUUCUCGAUUACUUGUCGGAUUUCAUCUGCUGCCUGUAUGGUGUGCCUGGUGCUUAUGGUGUUGUAACUAUGCCUUUCUCCGUUCGAGAAGGUAUCAACAUAUUCCUUGAUGGCUUCGUGCCUACUGAAAACAUGCGAUUCAGAACCGAAUCAUUGGUAUUUAAAGUAGCUGAAUCAGCUACAGAAGAAGAGAUAAAGCGUAUGAACCACUAUGAAUACCCUGAGAUGUCUAAGAAAAUGGGUGACUUCAGUCUUUUCGUAAGGCCUGGUGAAUUCUCAGAUUCUGAGAUUUUAGUACUCCUUGGUGAAAAUGGAACUGGAAAAACGACAUUCAUCAGAAUGUUAGCUGGUAACUUGGAACCUGAUGAAGGUUCUGGCCAGCUGCCACAGCUCCACAUUAGUUAUAAGCCACAGAAAAUUUCACCCAAAUCUCAAGGGCUAGUUCGGAAUUUACUGCAUGAUAAAAUAAGAGAUGCCUAUAUCCAUCCGCAGUUUAUAACAGAUGUAAUGAAACCCAUGAAAAUUGAAGAAAUUAUGGAUCAAGAAGUCCAGAACUUGUCUGGUGGUGAGUUGCAGCGAGUAGCUCUGGUGCUUUGCCUUGGCAAACCUGCUGAUGUGUACCUCAUUGACGAACCUUCUGCCUACCUAGACUCUGAACAGCGUCUUGUUGCUGCCAAAGUUAUUAAAAGGUUUAUUCUACACGCCAAGCGAACAGGUUUCGUAGUGGAGCACGAUUUUAUAAUGGCCACAUAUUUAGCUGACCGGGUGAUAGUGUUCGAAGGCACGCCGUCGGCAAACGCGACUGCUCAUGCGCCACAAUCUCUCCUCAAUGGCAUGAAUCGAUUUUUGGAACUACUCGGCAUUACAUUCAGGAGAGACCCUAACAAUUUUAGACCGAGGAUCAACAAACACGCAUCAGUAAAGGACAUGGAGCAAAAGCGGGCAGGCCAAUACUUCUUCCUAGAAGACUAGAAGCAACUUUGGAACGACUUGUAUCAAUAUUUUAAUAUAUAUAUAUUUAUGUAUAUGGGAUCC